AUUAUAAGUGGUAAUGUAAUUUCAUUCAGUUUAUAAUUUAUAAUGUAUUUUGUUCUCAAUAUGGGUGUUUUUCCUAAUGUACAAUGUUCAGCUUUAACCUCCAGCACCACUGCAAUGAUGUUAAUAUUGUGAUUACUGCGAGAUGUAUGUUACUACUCCGAAUAGGAGACCAGAAACAAAAUUGAGUCAGUUAAACUCUUAGGCCCGGGUCUGGAAAGUGUUUAUCCAGACAUCGCACGUGUGCAGGCCGCCACCGCCGCCAUCUUCUCUCACGUUGCAGCCGUCGCCAUUUUCUCCUCCCCGGCUCUUGGGGCGGUCCUGUGCCGGUUUCUUCCCGCGAUAGAACAGGACAAGUAGCUUCUGUCCUUACUGCUAUGUCCUGUUUGAAGUUUCUCCGAAUCCGGAGACAUGCUGUUUCCCUCAGGAAGGCUCCGAGGGUGGAGCCGCGCCUACUGCAGAGCUCCACUCAAGCUCGCGGGACAGCGCCUUCUGGAACAGAACAAAGCUCGGAGACACCUAGGGAUGACUGCGUCGGCACUGCGUAUUUUGAAACUCUCUUUAAACAAGUCUGUGCACCUUUAGGGCCCAGCCCGACCCAAACCGGCUGAGCGCUCCCGGCUUCAGGACGCCGCGAUGGGCCAGAGCCCGGGGCAAGGCCGGCCAGGAGGAGCACAGAGCCUCGUACGGAGGCUGGGCCGUAGCUCCGAGCGCCGGCGUCGGGUCGUUCCCUGGUGCCGGCGGAAGGGCGGAACCAAGGUACCGCGACCUGAGACCCGGAAGGACUCCUUCCGUCCGUGCACCUCUCGAGCAACCGGGAGAUGUCUCUGGGGCACUGCUGAACGUCAGCAACACCUGUGGGCCUUUCAGAACAAGACUAGGAAUCCGCAGAGGUGAUGCAGCAUCCGGGGUCCAAAGUUCCGUGCCACGUUAGCGCUCACUCCGCCAGCCCUGCUUUUAGGAAGCGCGCCCGGCUGCAGGGUGUAAGGGCGCAUGCGCAGAGCCCGCCCUGCCCACAGCUCCGCGCACAGCACGCCGGGAGCGGCGGAGCUCGCCCCGUUAGCACGGCAACCGGUCCCACGCCGUCGCCAUAGAGACCCGCGGGCGCCUCCGCUGGCAGCGGCGCAGGAUGCUCCGCCGAGGCUGCGAGGCGUCCAGCCGGCGAAGACACCCGAGCGACAGCCUCAGCUGGCAGCAGGACCAGGCCCUGAGCAGCAGCAUCUAUCUCCUGCGAGAGAUAGGUCCCACCGGCUUCCUGCUGAGGGAGGAAGAGCCGGAGAACGGGGAUUUCCGAGUAACUAUGCGGUCGUCUCCAUCCCUUCCUUCCCCGGUCACCCUCAGUCCUCGCAUCCCCGCCCGGGCCACUCCGGAACACUGCACAGGGGGAGAGAAAGAGCGGUUGCUGCGAGAGUUUGUUUGUUGGGGAUUAGGACCUCAGGUUUUCCUAGGAAACCCUCAUGUUUGUAACUGUUCCACAUUUCUGAAAGGAAGGGAACUUUGUAAGCAUAUAUGCUGGAUCUUGUUGAAAAAAUUCAGGCUUCCAAGGAAUCAUGAAUCUGCUUUCCAGUUAGGUCUUACAGAAGGAGCAAUAAACGACCUGCUGCUGGGGAUACACAGAGUUCAGACACCACAGGUAGCAAGGCCUGAUGACAGUGCACAUGGGGAAGGAGAUGGGUACGUCCAGCAGAAGGAAGUUGGUCCUGAGGACAUCUGCUCUAUUUGCCAAGAGGAACUUCUGGAGAAAAGGCUCCCUGUCACCUUCUGCAGAUUUGGCUGUGGCAAUAAUGUUCAUAUCAAAUGCAUGAAGAUCUUGGCUAACUACCAGAAUAUGACCUCAAGCUCUUCCAUGGUGAAAUGUCCUCUGUGCAGGAAAGAGUUCGCACCAUUAAAAGUUAUUUUGGAAGAAUUCAGAAACUCCAGCAAACUUAUGGCUACCACCGAGAAAGAACGGCUGGACAAACACCUUGGAAUUCACUGUAAUCACUGUGAACAAUUUCCGAUAAAGGGGAAAUGCUAUAAGUGUACAGAAUGUGUAGACUACCACUUGUGCCAGAAAUGCUUUGAUAGCUCCUGCCACGCUCCCCAUACAUUUUCAUUUCGUGAGAAGAGAAACCAAAGAUGGUGUUCACUAGAAAAAAAGUCACAUGAAGAUGUAAAAUACUUAGAUAUUAAAAGUAAGAUAGAAGAAAAGAUGCCACAUUAUCAAGAAAAGGAAGGCGAGGUUUACACACCGAAACACGUUGUGAAGUCACUCCCUCUCUUACUGAUCACAAAGAAUAGUAAACUGCUUGCUCCUGGUUGCCAGUGUCGACUUUGUUUGAAAUCAUUUCAGCUUGGUCAGCACAUGAGACUGCUGCCAUGUUCCCACAAGUUUCAUAGAAAAUGCAUUGACAGCUGGUUGUUCCACAAGUGCAAUGCAUGCCCUAUUGAUGGACUGGUGAUACACAGCCCUUUAAUCUGGAAAAGUACAGCAAUGGAUGCACAAGGAUACAAGCCAGCUUCCAGGAUGAACAUCACUCAUCUGUCAAAACAGGAAGAACUGAAAUUUCUUGUACCUGGUACUAGAUUAAUUUUAAAACAAAAUAGACCUGAAAUUUUACCUACCAUUCCCCAGAGUAAUUCUGAAAAGCUGAAUACACUUCAAAGUCCCACAAAUACCUAUCAGGAUAUAACUAUAGAUGAUCUAUGCUCUGUCAAAUUAGAGGGCUCAAAUUCAAGAAAAUUACUGUGUGAACAUAAAAUUAGCCAACAUUUCCCCAGGUAUCUUCAGGAUUUGCCCACUGGACCACUUGGGAAAAUAUCACCUCAAACGUUUCUUCCUUCCAUUGCGCAGAAGAGUACGAGUUGUCACCCUGAGACGGAGAGUUUUUGUGGGCCAAAACGCCACAGUGGUCUGAGUCAAAAAGUAACCAAACACGUGAGCCAUAAAGAAAAGAGGAUGCACAGUACUACACUGAGACGGGACAACAGGAGAUCAAAUAUUUUACUUCCAGAGGAGUUAAAUCUUGUUGUUAAUGGGAAUGUGACUAACCUUAGUGUGUCGAAAAGAUGUAAUAAUUAUAAGGGGAAAAUUAGACCAAAAUGUCAUCAUCUAUCAAGGCAACCUGUAUCUUAUUCUUCAAAUACACAAAGUACUGCACUAUCUUUAAUAAUGGAAGGGGUUCGAUUGUGAAAAGUAUUUUUGAUUACUAUCAAACUAUUUGUACAUUGAAUAUAAAAAGUUUUAUUUUUAGAACAUGAAAAACAUAUACACUCUUGAUAAAUGCA